AAAAAAUUCAUUAGCAAUUUGGAAAACAUGUCCUCAUGUUCUUUCGUAAGUGAGCAAGAGUAUGAAUAUGAACUUUGAAGUUAAAAAGUGUUUGAUCCCAUAUUAGAAUGAUUUAGAAAUUCCAACUGAUAAUAUUAAGGAUAGGUUUAGUGUUAUCAUCAAUGCAGGUGCAGCUAGCACUUGGAAUUCAGAAUGGCUGAACAGCAAAUCAUCAGUGUUGUUGCUUCUUCCUCUAGCUCUUCUUUUAUGGUGUGUCCUAAAAAAUAUGACGUUUUUCUAAGCUUUCGAGGUGAGGACACCCGCAUGAACUUCACAAGCCAUCUUCAUGAAGCUUUGAAGCAAAAGAAAGUUGAAACCUUUAUAGAUUAUGAGCUUAAAAAGGGAGAUGAAAUCUCACCAGCACUCAUCAAUGCCAUCGAAGAUUCUCAUGUAUCUAUUGUUAUUCUCUCUGAGAACUAUGCUUCCUCAAAAUGGUGCUUGGAAGAACUCAGCAAGAUUCUAGAAUGCAGGAAAAAGCAAGGACAAAUGGUGAUACCUGUAUUUUACAAUAUAGAUCCAUCCCAUGUGAGGAAGCAAACUGGAAGCUAUGAGCAAGCCUUUGCAAAACAUAAGGGACAAUCCAAUUACAACAAAUGGAAAGUUGCUCUCAAUGAAAUAGCUAAUUUAGCUGGGUGGGACUCUCGAAAUAGGUAAAUAAAAUGAAUUGAGAAUGACUGAAUUUUUUGAAACAAAGAUAAUGUGUUGAUUUGAAUUGAGUUGGACAAAUUUAAUUCUAAAUCCAAUAAAAACAUAAGGAUGAUAAAAUUAUGACAGAUAUCAUAUGAUAUGGAAUUAUACAUAUUGAAGUGAAUAGUGAUAUAUAGUUGUUUGGAGGAAAAAAUUUAUGGAUAGUUUUUUUUAUGUGUGAUGGUGUUGUUUUUUAAUUAAAAUUAAAAUUUUAUUUCGAUAUUAUAUCUUUACAUUUAAUAUAGAUAUCAUUAAUAUGUAUUCACGUAUAUAACCAAAGAAAAACUUUAAUUUUAAUUAAAAAAUAAUGUCAACAACAUCUUAAAAAAAUUGUACUAAUUUUUUUCUUAGUUGUUUCCUUCUUUUGUGUAUAGCUGUAAUGCAAUUGAUGCUUUGCAGCGAACUAUAUUUGUCCACUAACGUGUCUAAACAUAAUAAAUGAAAAAAUAAAUAAAGAAAUUUGAGAGAGAUAAUAAAUUAACAAAAAAGUUAUUUGUGGUUUGGAGAAAUUCUGAGUUCAAAGUCUCACUAUGUGAUAGUACAUUUUACGCACGGAAAUACUAUUUUGUUGCUGCCAUCAUAAUCUUUCUCAUUAAUGAAAAA